UUUUUCUUCUUGUUUUUCUUAUCCACAAAAAGCUCGGCUUUUCCUUCUACAGCCACGGAGAGAGAAAAAAGAAGAAGAUAAAAAAUGGCGGCAGUAUCGAUGAGCUUCAACCUGGUGGGCGCGUUCAAAGGGCUGUCUAUGAGCUCGAGCUCUUCGUCUUCAUCGUCGUCUUUCGUCAGAGGGAAUUUUGGUUCACUGGUUGUGGGACCCAACAAGCUGUCGUUCUCGUGUCCGCAGAGGUUUCCGCUGAUUAUCGAAAGCGCGCACAAGAAAGGUGCCGGGAGUACAAAGAACGGUCGAGAUUCCAAAGGGCAGAGGCUCGGCGUCAAGAUCUUCGGCGAUCAGGUCGCCAAGCCUGGUUCCAUCAUUGUUCGCCAACGCGGCACCAAGUUCCAUGCAGGAAAGAAUGUAGGUCUCGGCAAGGACCAUACAAUCUUCUCCUUGAUUGAUGGGCUUGUAAAAUUCGAGAAGUUUGGUCCUGACAGGAAGAAGAUCAGUGUGUACCCAAGAGAAGUGCAGCCUGAGAACCCCAACAGCUACAGAGCUAGAAAGAAGGAGUAUUUCAGGAUGCAGCGCGAACGCAGGAAGGCGAGGCAGGAAGGCAUUGUUCCUGAACCUCAGCUAGUACUUGCUUCUGCAAACGAUGAUGCUACAGAUGACAACCCAGUUUGCUGAUUCUUGGAAGCAACUUCCUUGACCAACUCUUUUUGCAUUAUAUUGUAAUCUGACAUGCAGAUAGGGUUAUUUCAGCGCCUUUGAUUAAUUUCUUUUUUUUUUAAUUUAAUUUUAAUUUCAUGUAGAUCCCUUGUAAAUUUGAACUCUUGCUGUGUCAAGUUUUGCAAAUUCUAAAUCCUCAUUCCGCUUCUCUCUCA